GCACAGCUGUCUGGCUGCGGGCUGAUUGACCACACUUCAGCAGAGCAGCAGCAAACCUAGGCGACGUGCAAGUAAAUCAAUUGCUUGGGCAACGUUUUUACAUUUUUUGGCAGCGGAACAAAAAAUGGAUGACUGGGAUGAACAGGGACCGGUGAACAUCGUACCACCCAGCCACACGCUUGAUCGUGGUCAUGGUGGUCGAGGCAGAGGGAGAGGAAGAGGAUUUAAGAGCUUUUCUUCAGGUAUUGAGGAGAAAGGGAACGAAAUUAGCAGCCGGAACAACAGCAGAGACGAAACGGGUGAUUUCAGAGGAAGAGGCGGCAGAGGCCGAGGCUUUGGUGGAGCUAAUCAAAAACAAUUCACUGGUGGAGUCUAUGCAGCACAAGAAAAUGGCUUUAGAGGAGGAAGAAGAGGAGGCCACACUGAAGGUGUUGGCAGAGGUGGCUUUGGAGGAGGAUAUCGUGGAAAGGAUGAGGAAAUCUUCCCCAGAGGGGAUGCCGAUGCUAAAGAUCAAGAAAACCAGGAGAGUACUGCCCGACCAAAAGUCACCUAUGUUCCUCCAGCCCUUCCUGAAGAUGAGGACUCAGUGUUUGCGCACUAUCAGCAAGGCAUUAAUUUCGAUAAGUAUGACGACAUCAUGGUAGACGUGAGUGGGAGCAAUGCACCGCCUUCCAUAAUGACUUUUGAUGAGGCGGCCUUUUGUGAGUCCCUGAGAAAAAAUGUUAGUAAAGCUGGCUAUUCAAAGCCAACCCCAGUUCAGAAGCAUGGCAUCCCAAUCAUCUCUGCUGGUCGAGAUCUCAUGGCCUGUGCUCAGACUGGAUCUGGAAAAACGGCUGCAUUCCUACUUCCAAUUCUGCAGCAGCUCAUGGCUGACGGUGUCGCUGCCAGCAGCUUCAGUGAGCUACAAGAGCCAGAGGCAAUCAUUGUUGCUCCAACCAGGGAGCUCAUCAACCAGAUUUACUUGGAGGCCAGGAAAUUUGCUUACGGGACAUGUGUGCGUCCAGUGGUGGUUUAUGGUGGCGUAAACACUGGGUUUCAGAUCAGGGAAAUCGCUAAGGGAUGCAACAUACUGUGUGGAACACCAGGGAGAUUGUUGGAUGUGAUUGGAAGAGGAAAGAUAGGGCUCAGCAAGCUGCGGUAUCUGGUACUGGAUGAGGGUGACAGGAUGUUGGAUAUGGGCUUUGAGCCUGACAUGCGCCGUUUGGUUGGUUCGCCUGGGAUGCCACCUAGAGAGAACCGCCAAACUUUGCUCUUCAGCGCUACCUUCCCUGAAGACAUCCAGAGGUUAGCUGCUGACUUCCUCAAGUUGGACUAUUUGUUCUUGGCUGUUGGUGUGGUGGGUGGGGCCUGUAGUGAUGUGGAGCAGACAUUUCUCCAAGUCACCAAGUUCUCAAAGAGGGAGCAACUUCUUGACCUUCUUAAGACCACCGGAAAGGAACGUACAAUGGUGUUUGUGGAGACAAAGAGGCAAGCUGAUUUCAUUGCCACUUUCUUAUGCCAAGAGAAGGUUCCAACAACCAGUAUUCAUGGUGAUCGGGAGCAACGGGAACGAGAGCAGGCCUUGACAGACUUCAGGACUGGCAAGUGUCCUGUCCUUGUGGCAACUUCGGUUGCUGCCCGUGGCCUGGACAUUCCAGAUGUGCAGCAUGUGGUGAACUUUGACCUCCCCAACAACAUAGAUGAAUAUGUUCACCGAAUCGGCAGAACUGGCCGCUGUGGGAAUAUUGGCAGGGCUGUGUCUUUCUAUGACUCAGAUGCUGAUGGUCAGCUGGCUGGCUCUUUAGUCAAAGUCCUGUCCAAGGCCCAACAAGAAGUGCCGUCAUGGCUGGAGGAGUCUGCAUUCAGUGGCUGUACAACCAGUUUCAACCUGCCCAGCAAGAACUUUGCCUCCUCAGACUCUAGGAAGACUACACUGGCAGGAUGUGUGACAAGCCAGCCACCAGCUCAGGUUGCAGCCCAUGAUGAUGAUGAUGAUGAUUGGGAGUAGGGAGAGCACCCCUGGCAAGCACUUCAUUUGUGGCUUGAAUGUUUGAGCAGUGCACAGCAUGUCGUUUUAUCACCACAUUUUUGUUUGAAGUGUGGAAGUAAACAUCUCAGACCAGACAAGGUUUAUGUCUGUGAAGAUGUUAAAAUAUUUGUGUUGCAUAGUGUUUAUCUACAGGAUGUGAAAGUAUUGCAUUUAUUAUUUUAUAAAGGCUUUAUUCAGCAUUUCAACUAGGAACAUGGUAAUAUGUUGGGAUAUAAUGAGAGAAAUUAAGAGUGCCUUAUCGUUUUGUUUUCUACUUUGAUGACCAAUAAAUAUGUUCAAAGCAA